CUGUGGGGGUUAGUGGGUUGGGACCUUUUAUUUUAUAACGUGUAAUGGACUCACACUCCAGUCCAAUUGGUGGCGGUAAUGCAACUUUUUGGUAGCCAACCGCCAUUUAAAACCCAGACAAGUACGGAUGUAAACAUGACCAAGAACCAUUUUGUCGUUAGGGUUUUUAUUUAGACAUUAACACGAUGGAAUUCAAAAUAUUACUAAUUUAACUGCUCAGCAUCACAAACUUACGCCAGUUAGUAUUUCAUUCGCGUUGGAGAUAGGACUUGGUUGAUAAAAGCUGGCGUUACAUGGAUAACAUCUAACGUUAGCAAACAAUGGCCAUGGUUUUUCACACUGAAAUCGCCUCCAUUAUGGAGGUGCUAGCGAAUGCAGCCGUGGCAGAAGUCUGUAAACUCGUAGACGACGACUAUGCAGUGUUUCGUUUGGAAAUAACUCAAAGCCAGAAAGAAAACAGGGCAUUGCGGAGGAAACUACAGCUACUGGAACUGAAGGUAUCACGGGAGCGCGCAGAGAGGACAACGCGAGAGCGCGCACUCUCCAAACGUCCCAGUAGUGUCAAGAUGAUCGACGGAUACAGAGGAAUGGAAAGAGGUGAAGGACAUCUCACUGGAGGCCACAGGAGCUUUGUGAAGCCAGUGGGACACAAUACAUGGAGAGAUGACCAACCAAUCACUGUUGAUGAGGGGAGUGGAACCUCAAUCCAGCACGUUAUCAUGAUAGAGGAUGCAGAUGCAGAGGCUGCAGGUCCUAGAGGAUCGUCCCUGGUCAAGCAGGAGAGGACUGAAGAAGAGAACACACAACACAACAUCAUGGAGUCAGUAGACAUGGAGGAUGGGAAGCCUGAUCUGCUGCUGGUCAAAGAGGAGACGAUAGAAGACGAACAAGAGGGUAUUAACCUGUUGAGUGGACUAAAGAUGGGUGAGCAAGGUGGUUGGCUGGAGGCUAACAGAGGAGACUGGGCUGCCAUCUUGGAUUCCCAGACCCAGACAAGUGCGGUCAAUGGCCCGGGGGACGACAUUACUGAGCAGGCCAGGACUAGAGGUGACAAUGUGGAGGUCAGUGGAUGGGACAGUGUCUUCAACACUGGGCUGGGGAACAACAGUGUUAACCACAACCAGAAACAGACUGUCGAACACAAAACAACAACCGAAUUUAGUCUCCGUGACAACAGACUGGCUGAGACCAGGGCAAGUAGUAGAUUUUGUCUGCGGGGACAGGGAGGUGUUGGUAUGCAGCUGGAGAGAACAGACACUGACUCGGCUAGCGAUGCUCCGUCUUGCUCCUAUAGUUGUGAUUCAGAGAGACUGAUGGCACCUCAGGUUAACCCCCUAACAGGUGCUGCCUUCAGCCUGCCUUCUAUAGGAUCUAUCAACUGGAACAUGGAUCCUGAGACAACACAGACACUCCCUGGCCUUCAUCCUCCUCACACUCUCCUUAUGUUAAACCAGACCUCAGACAAUGCCAGUGCCUCAACCUUAAAUGGCUGCACAAGCCCAUUGACAAAUGACAGUAUUAGAGAUGGAAUCAGUAAAGGUGGCAGCGCCAAAGAAAAGCGCUUUCCGUGUUCAUUUUGUGGGAAAGCCUUCCGUUUGCCCAAACAGGUGGAGAUCCACCAGAGGAUGCACACAGGGGAGAAACCUUUCGGCUGCCACCUGUGCCGGGCCAGUUUUUCAGACUCGUCAAACCUGAAGAGGCACCAGAGAGUCCACACAGGGGAGAAACCCUACAGCUGCCCACAGUGUGAGAAGAGGUUCUCCCGCCAGCACCAUAUGAAGAUGCACCUGAAGGUCCAUACAGGAGAGAGGCCGUUUGCCUGUACUCACUGUGGGAAGAGGUUCUCAGAGAGGAGCUACCUCAGGGUACACCAACAGAAAAUGCACACGGCCCAUGUAUAGUAAUAUGUAAUGUUGUACUACUACUUAGUACUAAUUCUGUUGGUUUUGGAUAUAGUAGGGAAGUGGAUGAGGUGAACUGAACUGAAUAAAUAAUGAGUAUGAUGAGACAUAGAAGAUCAGAGGUUAGCAACAGGAUUUGGAUGAUUUGUUUUUGGUUAAAAACAAAAAAAGACCAGGAAUUCAGCUGAAAGUUUUCCCACAAAUAAAUAAAUAAAAAGUAUCUCAAUGUUAUCAAGGUAUGAAAUUCUUGUUCUUUUUCAAUACAAUCUCUUUGGGCUUAGUUGUGGUCAUUUUGCAGUGUACAAAUUACAAUUAUUUUCCAUCCCCCUGACCAUUCGCUCCGAGAAAGAUUCAGCCCGCAGCUGAGUCUAGUUGCCUACCCCUGGAGUAGAUGAUAUCGUCAUGGUUGGGGUAUUCUAAAAUGCUUCAUUGAUGAUUUGGACAACCUUGUCCUGUUGUGUUGAUGCUGAUGUUUUUAUGAGGAAAUGAUAAUGCCUUAAUUCAUGUUUACUUAUACUGAUCAUGACAAUGGGGUGAAACUCCAGGACAACAGUUGUGAUUGUUUAUUUUACUUUGUCCUGUCCUGUUUUUAGGUUAUGUAUUUUUGUUUACAUGACAGCAAUUUCUUUUGUUUUAAUUGAGCGCCAUUUAGGUUAGGCUAUUUGAUCGGAGAAACCUGCAUUAUGUAAAAAGUGUCUGUCUCAUUACAUUGUCAUACAUUUUAUCUCCAGCCUGUAGACUACAGAAAAGGCUAUACGCACGCUUUCUACCAUAUCAUAGAUCUGCUGCAUGAUUUAUGUUACAUUUUUUUAGCCGAAUGUUGGUUGAGCGCUGCAGAGAUGCAUCUUUCCAACAGCACCCUGGAGAGGUGCGCUGGGAAUGAACAAGCUAAAUAUUUUACGCCCCUGCCUUUGAUAAAGUGGGCACUGCUUAUCAAAGCGUGGCAUCACCGCUCACCUAAAAAGCCCAUAUGCCACUGGUUGAGAGAAAUUGUCAUUGUUUUGUGGCAGAAUUAUGUGAGGUUUUAUGUGUUGGUGUUGGAGGUGCGUCUUGGUCUGUUUAGCUCAGAAAAUUCCACCCUCAUCAAUCUCCCGCCAUAGGCGGCCCCCUAAUCCUGCCUAAUGAGUGGGCAGGCCAUGCCUAUAUCAUAAUCACAUCAAUAAAUUGGUUAUAACAAACUCUGAACACCGUAACACCAAAAUGGAUGCAGAGGACAUGACAAAUAAACUCAAAAGGGGAAAAUAUUUACAGGUUGCUCAGGAGGUAAAGGGAAAGUGGAUUAAAUGUGACUAGUUGUGGAAAAUACUGGAGAUCAAGAAAACAGAGGUAAGGAGCCAGCACUGCGUGCAAAUUAUGUGCGGUAAAGUAUAAGCGUACCAGAGUCUGUAACUUAAAAAAAAAAGUUUUAUUACAGUAAAGACUAAAAACAUUUUCAUUAAUUCGUGAAUGCAAUUUCCGAAAUGGAAUGGUUUAUUGUUUAAGCUAAUUAUUUAAGGCUCGCUUUAUUUGACAAUUGAAACGCUUGAAUGCAUUUCAAAUCAUGAAUGACUCGUAUGCUGUGUGAUGACAUGAACGAGUGAAGGAUUGACUGAUACAGUAGCCUGUAGAAGUGUUGAAAUGCAGUCCUAAGUAAGUUAUGGUAUUUAAGAUUAAACAGGCCUAUAGCUUGACGGUGGUUAUACAAGGCUGCUAUGCUAAUCCUACUAAUGAUAAUGACAUGACUUAUUAUUAUUAUAAUAAUAGUAAUAAUGAGAUCAAGAAAAAUGAGUAUUAUAAAAAAAUGACAAUUUGGUACAGUGUAAACACUCAAUUAUAAAUAAUACCAGAGGCUGUUCUAAUAAACAAAAAUUGUAAAGCCUUUAUUACAGCAACG